AUGGGGAUCCUCCACGUCACAAAUGCAUACCCAGCCAGGCCGUUUGUGUCUUUGAAGCAAAUCGUCAUGGGUGUGCUUCUCUCGAGGACGACAACUGCCCGAGCCAAUUACCCCAAGGAAGAGUCCUUGCCGGAAUACACCACCUCCGAGGCGGGGAACCCUUUUCUCGACGGCUGGUAUGCGGACCCGGACACGGAGAUCUACAAUGGAGAGUAUUGGGUUUUUCCCACCUUCUCGGACGUCUACGAGAAGCAGACGUUCCUCGAUGCCUUCUCCAGCCCAGACCUCGUCAAUUGGACAAAGCACCCCAGGAUUCUGACAACUGAGACGGUGGAAUGGGCUCAUAAGGCCAUCUGGGCUCCCGCCCCCAUCUUCAGGAACGGGAAGUACUACCUGUACUUCGGCGCCAACGACAUCCUCAUCGACGAGAUUGAGCAGGGCCUAGUGGGAGGCAUCGGGGUCGGUGUUGCAGACCGGCCGCAGGGUCCCUACGUCGAUGCCAUCGGGAAGCCCCUCAUCGGCGAAUUCCACAACGGCGCGCAGCCGAUCGAUCAGGACGUCUUCAUCGACGACGACGGCCAGGCGUACAUCUACUACGGCGGGCACUCGCACGCCAACGUGGCCAAGCUCAACGAGGACAUGAUCUCCCUCGGCACCUUCUCCGACGGCACCACCUUCAAGGAGAUCACGCCCGAGAACUACGUCGAAGGGUCGCAGAUGAUCAAGCGCAACGGCGUGUAUUACUUCAUGUGGUCCGAAGGCGGGUGGACGGGGCCCGACUACGCCGUGUCCUACGCCAUGUCCGACUCGCCGCUUGGGCCGUUUGAGCGCCGCGACAAGAUCCUGGAGCAGGACAGCGCGGUGGCGAGGGGGAGCGGCCAUCACGGUGUCAUCCACGUCCCCGGCACAGAGAUCUAUUACAUCGUGUACCAUCGACGCCCGCUCAGCGAGACUGACGGUAACCACCGUGUGACGUGCUAUGACAGGAUGUAUUUCGAGGACGACGGGACGAUCCGGAAGGUCAAGAUGCUGGUCAAGGAUAACUUUGCGGAUGGCAAGAUGAUUGCCUGGAAGACAUCAGGGGCCGGCGAGUGGGCGGUGGAAGACCAGAGGCUCAAGGGCACUUCUGGGCGUGAGCCUGCGUAUGCUUUCCUGGAUACGAAUUUCACAGACCUUGUUUUCGAUGCGACAGUAUCUUCUGCCGAUUAUUCUAUCUCAGUCCCCGCUCUGAUCUUCCGUGCAUCAAGCAUGGAGGCAAACAGCACUCAUUACUGGGCGAAGGUGCGUUCCGAUCGCGUUGAAUUUGGCAUCGCGACGAAUGGUGUUGAGGAAAUCAUUCAUCAUGAAGAGACAAUUGUUGGAAGCGGGGAGCAUAAACUGAGCGUCAAAGCUUUGGGCACUAAAGUAUCGAUUUUCGUCGACGAUGUUUCGGGCCCGCUCCUCAUCGCCAAUGACACACGCCUAGCAACCGGCGCGACAGGCGUAGCUGUAACGGGGGAAGGGUUCUUUAGUAGUAUCUCAGUUGCCCGAGCAGAAUAG